AUGGCAGCUUGUUUGCAUUGCAGAGCCUCAAUUCGCCAACUGGUCUUGAUUCCCAUGGAACUGAGAAUAGUCCCUCGUGGUUCAGGACUCAGGAUCGAUGAGGAUAAGGGAACGCGAGAUCCUAAAAAUAGCAUUACAUGUCAUUGGACCCCGCCUGGUGGCUGGCUUCAGGUCCUCAACAUUUCCUCGGAUUGGAGUUUAUCUGGAGUGGCGGCAGAGGUUCCUGCUGCCUUUUCAGUCUUCACUCCUGGACCCGGGGAAGGUCUGUCAUUCAUCUACCUAAUUCUAGUGCACCAGCUGCAAGACGGCAAGACGGGUUGUGAGGCCCUUUUCUUCGAUUUCUCCUCAAACAUCCGCCUGGCACCUUCUGCUCCUUGUCCUUUCAGCCCCACCCUGCCCUCCUGUCUCCUUAUUGGAACUUCCAGUCAGAUUCCAGGAACCCCUUUGCGCGGCUCUCCUCUCCACACAAACGCUUCACCCACUUCGCCCGCUUCCACUGCUUCCUCCGUAUUCCCGUCAGCCUCGCAUAUUGCGAUGCCCAUCUUCAGUUCAAGGAAACAUUCGCAGCCGGCAGUGGGGAAUCCAUCGGCGCACUCGCAGCAAUCGCAGCAAUCGCAGCAAUCGCAGCAAUCGCAGCAAUCCGUCCCGUCAGAGCGUCACGACCCUCCUCACUCUUCUCAGCCUCCUUCGCAGCAGUCACAGCGGCAGCAACAACGGUCGCCCCAGUAUUUCCAACAGCCGCCGACCGACGAAAGAUAUCAACAUAUCGGGGUAUCGAGGUCCGGUACCCUGAAACCGGCGCCCAGCCAUUCCAUUGACCCACCAGCGGUUGACGUUGCUUCUCCGGUCCCUGCCAAGGAGGGGAACCAAAAUUACAACGCGGACCGCCGAUAUUCAUACGCAACCCCGCAAACCAAGCUUCCCACCUCGCACGCACCGGAGUCGAAGAAAGACCGACUUCUAGGUCGAUUGGGAUUCGGUCAUUCUCAUAGAGAAUCACAAGACGGGUCUCAGCUCGCACCGAACAAGGGACUUUCGCGAACAGUCUCUCUUCGCGAAAAACGGUCUCCUUCAAACCGAUAUAGCAUCCAGCCAGCAGAAGACCCCAACCGUCAAUAUUGGGACACUCGCCUUGCUUCCUCCCAACACCUCCCCAUUUCCACCGAAGUAGACGAAGAGUCCGAUUACGACCCCUACCUUGUCCGUGACUCCCCUCCCGUCGUGCCGUCGAAGGAAUCCCCCAAUCAACCAUACCCGCAAGGACAGUCUGGGUAUCCCUCGAACCCCCAACUCCAGCGAACCAGCACCGAUCAAAGUUCGCAGAGCGGAGCUGGCCCCGACCGCUUCGGCCAGCCAGAUCAAGCCGUGAACCGCCAAGGCGCCCCGCCUGGCUACCAGCCUUACCAAGGCCAGCAAGGCAACCCUCAACAGCCGGGAGUCUACCACGCGUUCCAACCACCACCGCAAGGCCUUGCCAUUCAAGGCCCACCUCCACCUGGUGCCGACCCGAACGUUCGCGUUCAGUACUACCAGCAGCAAGGCGACCAGCAAUAUCCGCCGCAAGCGCGUGCACAGACGCAGCAACAACCUGACCUACAGUUCUUGCAGCCAAGACGCCCUUCGUCGCAGCAAAGCCAUCCGCAAGGGGAACCACCGCAAUCCGUUAGGAUCGUCCAGCAACCGCAGUCGCUGAACCAGUCCGACCAAGACUUGCUUCUGAACACCGGUCGCCCGUCGUCUCAACAGCAGUUGAACCCCCCGUCUCCAUUGGUGCAGAAUUACUCGCCAUAUAUCCCACAGGGCGAGCAAGGCCAAAGUCAGGAACGGACAUCAAUCGAUAUCAACCAGCAAACGCCCCAACACGUUCUGCAGGGACAACAGCAGCAGCAGCAGCAGCAACAACAACAACAACAACAACAGCAGCAGCACCAGCAACAGCAACAGCAAGGGACAUCUAUGGCGCCGCUCGCUUCGGGAGGAAAAUUGCAACGAUCCGGCGAGCUACCGAAAGGAGCCCUGCAGCAAAGUCGGGAGAUGCCUGGGCUACAGCCGCAACAGCCGCAACAGCCGCAACAGCCGCAACAAGCACAACAGCAGUUCAACCAAGGACAGAUGCAGCCACCGACGCCAGGGUAUCCACCUCCUCCUGGUGGCCCCCCGCAGGGUCAACAGUAUCGACCAGGACAGCCGCAGACUUUGCAGCAGGAUGGUGAUCCGAGUCGCAACAAUACUCCGCCGCCGAGAAGCGCAACGGGUCAGUCGGAGGAAGAGGAGGGGCAGUUCAAUCAGCUCGUGAGGGAGCAUAAAGAACUGCGCGACAAAUACCAAAAGGUCAAGAAAUACUACUUCGAGAAAGAAGCCCAGGUCCACUCCCUCCAAAACACCCUCGCCCGCCAACGGCUGUCGCUUUCUCGCACGUCUCUCGACGACUCCGAAUACGCGACGCGUUUCUCCCGACUGGACGGCCUAGUCUCCCAACUCGCCUUCAACAUCCGAAAAAACUGGCGCGAGAUCCCUUCCUUCCUCACCUCCUCCGUGAACAAAGACGCGGUCCUCACCGGCAAGCAAGAAAUGACCGCCGUCGGCCGCGCCUACAUCUCCGCGUGGAUCAGCCACGAAGUGUUCGACAAGCUCUUCCACCCGGACCUCGACCCCGCCCUCUCGUCGCAGCUCAAGCAGAUCCAGAUGAACAUCCGGCGGUAUGUCGGACAGGUCCAAUCCGCCGAGGAGGAAGAGAACCUCUCCAGCAAGAUCAUCUCCUGGCGCCUCACCACGCUCGAAGGCCUGGUCGACCAACUCCGCUCCCCCAACGCCGCCGCCCACCGCGCCCAGCUCAUCGACUCCCUCAACGAGCGCCUCGUCGCGGACUUCCAACGAUACCUCCAAGACCCCUCGCCUCCUGAGCUCAACGGUGGCGUCUACAUGAUCGUUGAACUCGCCGUCAACAUCCUCCUGCACCUCCCCUGUGAGUCGCGCGAGGUGUGCAUCGACUACUACCUCCCCGGCACCCCCGUCGUCGCCGACACCAUGAAAUCCGAAUCCGGCAUCCCCACGCUCACCAACCCGCUUGCGUCGACCGCCGCUGACGGCGAGAAAGACGACCGCGCGAGCUUCCACAGCGCGGCGAGCGACGCGAAGGAGCCGGCGGAGGAUGCCGCGGGCCCGGGGGCGGUGGGAGGAAAGGACGAGAAGGCGGGGAGGAGAAGUAUGUUGGCGGGGUUGAUGUCGAGUGGGAGUAAGAAGGUGGCGCCGGUGGCGCCGGCAGCAGAGAAGAAGGGGGGAAGUCAGGUGAGUUUGGGGACGGAGGGGAAGGAGGAGAAGAGGGUGAGAAUGGCGGUGGGGUUGGGGGUGCAGGUGAGGGGAAGGAGCGUGCUGUUUAAGGCGCCGGUGUAUGCAGCUUGA